GCAGGAUUUAUGUGUUAAAACUGUGCGAAUUUAACACAACAUAACUCCUGGUAUGGCUGUGAUGAGGAAACAAUAUUAGCUCUAUAACUUAGAUUAGAAAAUAACUCUGCCAUGUAGGAAGGCAAUCGUGCUCACUCCUCUUUUCAGGUUUUUAGGGCGUUCGGGUCCCAGGGUGCCUGGCCUUAGAAAGUAGGUCUGCCUUUUAACUAUGACUGAACCACACUUUCACUCUUCUGGCUUUGGUAUGUACUGAUCUGUUGGUUUGACAGUAUUUGGUAAAGUCUAAUUAUUAAAGGUGCACUUCGGUGUUUCCCAUUAAUAGAAGAAACUAUGGAGACCUUAUAGUCCAAUUUUCAGCCCCAUAGUCUAAAAUCUAGCAAAGUAAAACGCAAAACACUUAAAACAAAGGAUACGUUUUUCUUGUAGUGUUGUCAUAAACAUAUAGAUGUAACAAUUUUACUUAUUUUAUUUUUUUUUUCUGAAUAGACAAUAUGCGACAUUUAUACACCAUAAUAUUAUUUAAAUAAAAUGAUUAAAAUAUGGGUCGCUUGUGCCACCAUAGCCUUAAACCUGUGGGAAAACUCAUGCGCUGUGAAUACCAUUUCUUUCUCUUGGAAAGUCCCCCAAGUGCUUAGAAUUAAUGGCAUCAAACUAUCUCCAUGCAGAUCAAUGUACACCACCAGACCAAGUUACAGGUAGUGUACACCCCACACCAGUAAAGUUACAUAGUGCACCUUUAAUUAGGCUACUCAAAUCAUACUGUGGUGUACAUAAGCCAUCUAGCCAUGUAACUCCAACAGCCUAAAAGCUAGGUGUAUGUGGAAACGCUAAAUGUGUGAAACCUAUGUCCUAUUUCUUUAAGCAGGUAUAAUCAGGGUGUGGUUUUAUUCGUGGCCAGUUUUGGAUCAGUGUGCUUCGCGAACACAACCUGACCGCCAAUUACGCAGUGACCAAAAGCUGUCCCCGUGACCCUGAUCGAUACUCGGACCUAUACUUCUGCGUAGUACUGUGGUGUCGUCUCGUCUGUCACGGGCGGAGGCAUGUCUGCUCCACUCUGCUCACCUCCACUCACUCAGGUGGACUAGUCAGACAGGUUUCAGCCGGGAACCUUUUGUUGACGCGUUGGAAGGCGAUGUAGCCACAAGUUACCAUGAGCGCCAUAGCUUUGCUGCUGCUGUGUUUUUGCACCACGGUGGUUUCAGGUGACGACUCCACGGAAUCGGUUGUGACAGCGGCACCGGGCGACGUGGCUCUACUUCCUUGUUACAACGUAGGGAAUGUUACACCGACCGUAACCUCGUGGAAGAAAGAUGAAAUAAGUAUUAUAAGUGGGGGUGCUUCAUCGCCCUCGAACACUUCGGGCAGUCCAAGUAGCAGUCCCGGGAGCCGCCUCGAAGUGUUGCCUGAUGGGAGCUUGAGCAUCGCGGCUGUGGAGCGCGGAGAUGGAGCGGUGUACCUGUGCGCCUCCACCCUGCCUGGGAACAACACCUUCCACGCCAGAGUCGUGCUGCAAGUAGUCAGUGGACCUGCCAAUGUCUCUUUAGUCAUUGAUCCUGUACAGAAAUAUCCCACAGUCCUGCCAAAUGGGACCUAUACCAUCAUCAAAGGAUCCUCAGUCUACUUCAUGUGUUCUGCCUUCUCAUAUCCAUCUCAAGAGCUGACUUUAGCUUUUACUGGACUCACAAAUGGCAGCAGGUCUCUGGUCAACAACACUGGCCAGCCAUUACUGGAAUACAGAACAGAAAACAUCCAGCCCAGUGCUCAGGGAAUCUAUAGCUGCAUCGCCCAGAAUAACGUUUCCCAUCAGGAAACAAACAAGAGCGCAGAGGUCCUGGUCUACUAUGCUUCAGACAGACACCCGGAGUGCAUGUGGACACAGGAUUCCUCUUUUGUUUUGUUCCACUGCUCCUGGUUUGGAGUCUAUCCUGCUCCUAUGCUGAACUGGACUGAAGUUCCCAGUGGUCGGAUUUUAGCUUCUGAAGUGGCAGACAGGCUGGCUGUGAAAAUCAACGGCUCCCUGCUCUCAGAGGGGCAAACACUUCGAUGCACAGCAGAGCAUCUAGCCCUACACAAGGGAGAGGACAGGUCGUGUACUUUUACUCUAAAAACUCCAUACCCACAUGGAAAGCCACUGGCCACCGCAGUGGAAGGCACCAGCAUCACUUUAGUCUGUAGUGAGACCACAUCCACUCCCCCUGCGGUCACCACAUGGAGAAGAGGCCUCAAGCAGGAGGUCAUCAUGAAUAACUCCAAGUACACAGUGACUGCAGAGGGGCCCAGCUUUCAACUGACUAUAGUCAACAUCACCAAGGAGGACGAAGGCGUUUACUUCUGCCACAGUGAAAACCCACUCGGCGCAAAAGAGCUAGAAGUCUAUCUCACUGUUAAAUCUUCAUCUGCUUAUACGGGUGCUGUUAUUGGACUCUUUAUUGCUGUGCUCAUCGUGGGAUCAGCCAUUGUAAUAGCCAAAACAGUCUAUUCCAGCAGGCACAAAAUUUGCCUUGGUAAAAUAAUAUUUAUAAUAUUAGAAUUAGGAGAUGUUUUGAGUUUGGUCGAGUCGGAUGAGGAACAAAUAUACCAAGCCACUGUGCCCAGACUCCCCCCUGUAUCUAAUGGAUGCCAAACCACACUUGUAGAAAUACACAGAAUCCCAUCAACUGAUCACGAAGAUGCAGAAAUGGAUAAUGCCAACUCAAAACAGCAGGAUACCACUGAAACGACAGAAGAGCCAGAGGAUCUUGUAAUAUUUGAAUGAUUUUAAAGGGAAAUCCUAUCCCAAUAAGAAUGUGAUUGUAUUGUAAAAAAAAAAAAAGCAUCUUUUAACGUCUCGUUAAAAUGUACAAUUUAUUCUUUUAAUAUGUUGGACGUUGUUUAUAUGUAGAUAUUUUUUUUUGAGAACGUUGUAUUGUAUUGAAUGUAACGUUUGCAAAUAUACAUGGAAGAGAUUGAA